AUGCUCGCAACAGGCAUGUUCGCAAAAGACGACGAAGCCUCCCGCGUCCUUCAGGAGCUCGUCGACCUGCGCUACACUGCGCACCAGCUACGGUUCGCGUUCAUCGUUCACCUCGACCUCGACGCGACCCCCGUCACGCUCUACAACGCGUUCGAGAAGCCCAUGCUCAAGGACUUCCUGGACCGGGGGCUUGCUCUUCCCACAGCCCGGGAGGAAUUGCAGCGCUCUUUGCGCGACCCGCAGCAGCACGCGGCCACGACCGCGAUUGUGGCCAGCAUUGACGCUCAACAGUCAAAGCUCAUCUUCGCCCACGGCGCCGCGGGCACAGGGAAAUCCACCAUAGCCAAAUACAUCCACCAAUACACGGAACAUUGUGGCAAAUCUUGCGUGAACGUCGCCACCACAGGCCAGGCGGCCUUGCUUCUCCCAGCCGGCGCUACUGCUCAUUCGACUUUCAAGAUUCCCAUCUCUGACGACGACCCGCUGACUUGCACGCUCGGGCUGCGCGCUUCAGAGGCCGUGCGCCUCGCUCGCGCUUCCGUCAUCCAGUGGGACGAAUGGCCUUGCGCCAAACGCACUGCCUGGGAAGCUGCCGUUCGAUUUCUCGACGCACUCCGCCAAGCGCACGGCGACGAUAACGCACCCAAGACAAUCGUGUGCUACGGCGACUUCCGGCAAAUCCCUCCGGUACUCAAGCACGCGUCCCGACGGGACACCGUCGCCAUGAGCGUCCGCUCUUCUACUACAUGGGACUCCUUCGACCUGUACGCCUUGACCACCAAGCACCGCCAGAAGAAAGAUGCACAUUACGCCACGUGGCUGGAGACCAUCGGUGACGGCACCGCGCCCGCUACGCACUCCCUCGAUGGCGUUCCCGGCUACGUGGACUUGCGUUUGUGUCCUGCCCUGCUCGACCCCCGCGGAGCCAUCGACUUCUGCUUUCCCAGCCCCAACGACGCCCGCGCGCGCGCCUCAAGCAAGAUCUUGGCCGUCACCAGCGACGCCGUGGACGCCUUCAACGAGUCCAUACUUGACGUCUUCACGCAGACGUACCGACGCCCAGAAUUCCAUCGGUUCAGUGCUGACACUGUCGAGAUCGACCGCGCCGACGCCUUCAUCGAACCGCACGUGACGCCCGAGUUCCUCAACGUGCAAACGGAAAACGGCGUGCCCCCGCAUCGCCUGCGUUUGGUGGUAGGCGCCCUUUAUGAGAUCAUGCGCAACUUCAGUCCGGACGACCGAUUGAUGAACCGCACUCAGGUCACCCUCGCCGCCGUCCACGAACACCACGUCGACGUCGAAACUCUGGACGGACGGACGUUCCCGUUGCCCCGCAUUUGCUUUCGGUGGCACUUGGCCAAGGGCGCUACCACAAUCGUCAG